AUGCGUCGCAGCCCUUCCCCUCAGUCGGGCACUGAAUGCUCAGACGGUCUGACCUUCUACCGAUGCCGCACUAAUCACUAUGCAGGCUGUUGCUCGGUCGAUCCCUGCGAGCUGCCCGGAUGUCCUGACGACAGGGACAGGGUCACCGGCGAGGAGGGAAGCACCACUGGUGGCAACGAGGGCGAUACGCCCGUAGAUGGUGAGGACGGCGAAGAAGGAGGUGGAAAAGGAGACAAAGAAAAGCCUACUUUUACUCGCACGGCGAUUCCCACGACCAUUGCCUCCAAAGCGCCCCCGCUUCAGCCGUCUCCGACUGUGAACCACUCGAGUCCGGCUGCUGCGACGACCACAAACGUUGGCGCUCCAGGCAAAGAAGCUCCCACCACGCCGUCAGCUGUCGAGCCAGUUCCCACUCUAGCCCCUGGCAACUCUAUUGCCCCUGAGCCGACUCUCGCUACGGGCAUUUCUGCACCGACCAAGACAACCGAUGCAGAGGAUGCCGGAGACGGAGGCCUGUCCACUGCAGCCAAGGGCGGUAUCUUCGGCGCUAUGGGCGCUGUUAUGCUCAUCGUCAUCGUCGCCUUUUUCCUUUGCGGCAAGAGAGGCAGGAAGCUCAGAAAGUCACUCACUGCUGGAGGCACCAUUUCUGACGACGACCCUCUCGAUGGCAAGGGCGGACUCCAGCCCUUUGGCAUCCCCCCUACUGGCAUGAUCCAGGAACUUAAGAAUCCCGGUAUUCUUGCCCCCUUUGGAGAUCACUACGAGGAACCUCACUCUCGAUUCACCCGCGCCUGCGCUUACAACAGAUCCCAUCGUAUGAAGAACGACCCUCUCAGCCCUGUGUCUCUUGCCUCUCCCGCCACCAUAGAUCUUGAGCCCCAAUCCUCCUUCGUGGAACCUUCGCGUCCGAGAUCCGUGACCCCCGAGUUCUCUCGUACGGACGCAUCAACUCCCGAGCUUCAAGGAUCACCCAAGCGAGCCGCACUUGCCGAGCUUGUGUCGCCCGGUCCCCCCAAGCUCGUUCAGAUCCCAAUGAACCGUCAAAGCAUGCAGCGCUACAAGGCCUACCGCCCGAGUGAGCAGAUGCACCCUCUCUGUGAGGGCAGCUCGGCCAGUCUGCGAGGAGACCUUUCCGCCACCCCUGAUGAACGGCACCAGAACAGAUAUGUCAACAGUUGGUCUCGGUGGGAUGCGGCUGCUGGUCACUGA